CUCAUUGACGGCGGCAGCCAGUCGUGCAGGGAGCGGCAGGCUGCGGGUCUGGUGUGGACAUGAGAGGCAGUCCGAUGCGUUAAGCUGGUAGUCUCCCGGUGAACAGGCCGAAUCUUUCUGCCCGACCGGCCCGGUGGCUGCCGUCGCUGCUAACGCGGCUAGCUAGCUAGCUCACCUGCACCGGUUUAAGGCGGUUCACCAGAGCGGGGAACCAGCGGGGCCUCUCCGGCUAGUACGACUCGGUUUACGGAGCUGAACGCCGGGCUUCAUUUUCCGGAGCAACAUCCUGCAGAGAUGGACAACCUGAGUGAAGCCCUGGAGAAGCUGAAGCUAGCGUCCACCGACAGCGCCACCGACAGCGUGGAGAGCUGUCUGGACUGCCUGCUCAAGGCGCUCGCCAACAACAACACCGAGGCCAGCAUGAAGAUCCAGGAGAUAGGUCUUCUUCCUCUGCUCCCCACUCUGCUAAACCCCCAGUCUUCGUGCACCCCUAAAGUAGCCAACAUCAUAGCCGAGUUGGCCAAAAACGAGUUCAUGCGGAGUCCCUGCGUGGAAGCCGGCCUCAUUCCUCCUCUAAUUCAGCUGCUAAACUCCACCGACCAGGAGGUUUUACUGCAGACCGGCCGAGCUCUUGGCAACAUCUGUUAUGACAGCCAUGAGGGCAGGAGUGCAGUUGACCUGGCAGGAGGGGCUCAGAUAGUAGCUGAACACAUUAAAUCCCUCUCCCAAAAUACUGAGCCGGAAAAUGAGAAGCUCUUGACUGUCUUUUGUGGCAUGCUGAUGAACUAUAGCAAUGAUAAUGAUUCGUUACAAGCCCAGCUGAUCAACAUGGGUGUGAUUCCCACACUGGUGAAGCUGCUGGGCAUCCAUUCCCACAAUAUAGCCCUGACGGAAAUGUGUCUAAUUGCCUUUGGCAAUUUGGCUGAGCUCGAGUCCAGCAAAGAGCAGUUUGCCUCCACCAACAUCGCCGAGGAGCUGGUGCGUCUUUUCCAGAAGCAGAGCGAGCACGAGAAGAAGGAAAUGAUUUUUGAGGUUCUGGCUCCACUUGCAGAGAAUGAUGUGAUAAAGCUGCAGCUGGUGGAGGCCGGCCUGGUGGAGUGUCUGCUGGAGGUGGUGGCUCAGACCGUGGACGGGGAGCGAGAGGAGGACGUCACCCAGCUGAAGACAGCCUCUGACCUCAUGGUUCUCCUGCUGCUUGGAGAUGAAUCCAUGCAGAAGCUGUUUGAGGGGGGAAAAGGCAGCGUCUUCCAGAGGGUUCUGUCCUGGAUCCCGUCUCACAACCAUCAGCUGCAGCUGGCUGGGGCUCUGGCCAUCGCUAACUUUGCCCGCAAUGAUGGGAACUGCAUCCACAUGGUGGACACUGGAAUUGUGCAGAAGCUUCUGGAGCUGUUGGAUCGGCACGUCGAGGAAGGAAAUGUCACAGUUCAACACGCAGCACUGAGCGCCCUGAGGAACCUGGCGAUACCUGUGGUAAACAAAUCCAAGAUGCUGUCGGCCGGCGUGGCGGACGUGGUGUUGAAGUUUUUGCAGUCAGAGAUGCCUCCAGUCCAGUUUAAACUCCUGGGGACGUUACGGAUGCUCAUCGAUACACAAGCCGAAGCUGCCGACCAGCUGGGAACCAACGGGAAGCUGGUGGAGAGGCUGGUGGAGUGGUGCGAAGCCAAAGAUCACGCCGGAGUGAUGGGCGAGUCCAACAGGCUCCUGUCAGCCCUCAUUCGACACAGCAAGUCCAAGGAAGUCGUCAAGACCGUCAUCCAGGGAGGUGGCGUCAAGCAUUUAGUUACCAUGGCAACCAGCGAGCAUAUGAUCAUGCAGAACGAAGCGCUGGUGGCUUUGGGUCUCAUAGCAGCGCUGGAGUUAGUUGCUGCUGAGAAGGACUUUGUGGGAGCCAGCCUGGUGUCGGUGCUUCACAAGCUGCUGUCAGACGAGAGGAGCGCCCCGGAGAUCAAGUACAACUCCAUGAUCCUCAUCUGUGCAGUCAUGGGUUCAGAGCCGCUCCACAAAGAAGUCCAGAGCCUGGCGUUCCUCGACGUGGUGUCCAAGCUGAGGGCUCACGAAAACAAGACGGUAUCGCACCAGGCGUCGCUCACGGAGCAGCGGCUAACUGCCCAGAGCUAAAUGACUGUUUCCAGCCCCACCUACCCACAACCACCCACCCACCCGAAUGCCUGCCUGACCACCUAAAUCACCCAGUGACACCUCAUGACUGCUCUUCCCCGUGCCCCAUCGUCAUGUGCCAAGGUACCAUGUCGCGUUAACUGCCAGCCAGACAUCCAGCCACGUCUCUACCCCCGACUCUCCACCCCACAGAACCUCUGCUAGGGUUAGACUGAUGUGCACUACUUCACUCACAGAUCAUCAAAAUCAGAACGUUGUCGGGUUUAAGUUUUAUUUUGAACGACAAGAAUCCACACGGAAUCGACCACGGGACACCACAACUCUCCUCUGAAAGCCAUAAUAAUGAGAUUUAUUUAGGUGGGUUUGCAGGUCCUUUAGGGUGAGUCGGAUGCGCCGCCGCUGACGUGACGGUAUGUCUUUAUCUUCACUCCAUCAGUCUAACCCUAGUCCCUCCUCUACUUGUGCAUGCAUCUCCUGCUACAAGUAGCUCCACGGAGCUGAGGCGCCAUAGACAGCCUAACGCAAUAGAUUAAGAGUCGACACUCUUUUACGACCAUAGCUGUGACACCAUCCGCCGGUAACCCACCAGUAAAAAAACAAAAAAGUGCACAAAAGAACAAAAAAAGACCCUUCCUGUCGUGAUUUUUCUUUCAUUUUUUAAAAAGAAAACAGCCAUCCAUGAUGUGCCCAGUCGUGUCCCAUGUAGCUCGAGUAUAAAUUGACUAGAAACUGUGCAUGUUUUAGUCCCGUUGAAGGUGUGCCAGUGUUCAUCUUACCUCUCCAACGCUUACAUUACUCCCAAGUACAGCCUGACAUCUCGAGUCUUGUACACUUUUCGUAUUUUUUUGCACUUGUUCUUUAAACUUAGAGAUAUUAGAGUUUUAAUUGUCCGAUCACAUUCCCCCAUGUUUGACAGCUGUACAGUGAAGUUAGAGGCUCCAACCUUCCAGCCCAUCGCUGAAGGAGAAUCAUGUGAGGAGAACAGAGCGGCGAGCAGUUUAAUCAACCAGAGUGAAGCCAAGUUUGAGUCGAGACUAUUAGGAAAUGUGAAGUGUGCCUUUCCCAACGGAAAUCUAACGUCUCUCCAGGAGCUCCUACUGCGUAUCACGGUCUUGCAUUCAACUCCUGGAAGCUUCAAAACCAAUUUGACAGUGAGAAUGUUCACCGGACAUCAGCCAAUCUUCUGAGUGACAUCUAAGUUUAAACAUUAUGUUUGGAUCAAAAACAGCAAAUAAUCCACGAUCUCCGACCACGAAAGGUCUUUUCCAUUAAAGUUAACCCUCCUGUUGUCUUCAUUUACAGACACCAAAAAUAUUGUUUCCUUGUCUGAAAAAAAAUCCAAAAAUUCAGCCAAAAAAAAUUCCACAAAUUUCUGAAAAUUUGCAAAACCUUCAGGAAGAAAAUUCCAAUAAUUCCUUAAAAAUUUCCCUUAAAAAUUUUAUUUAAAAAAAUCCCCCAAAUUUGGCAAGAAAAUUCUUGUAAAUAUUUUUCAAAAUAUGAGUAAAAAUCUUCCAAAAAAAUCCUAAAAAUAUCUAAAGUGAUUCCAUAUAUAUCGGUAAAACUUCUAAUAUUUUCUUUAAAGACAUUCACAAAAAAAUCAACCAAAAUCCAGUGAAAUUCACUGGAUUUUGGUUGAUUUUUUUUGUGAAUGUUCUUAAGAAAUAUUUUUAACAUUUUUUUUUCCCACCAAAAAAUGUUCAAAAAUUUCCCAAAAAUUUUGAAAAUGUGGACAUCAGAAAUUUCACUGAGAAAAUAUAUAUUUUUUCCACAUUUUCAAACUUUAAACUGGGUCAAUUUUGACCCGCAGGACGACACGAGGGUUAACACAAACCACAUUAUAUCAAAGACGGUGCAGGACUUGACUAAAACCUUUCUGAUCUGAAUAAAUUGUGUUUGCUUCCAGUUGCUGAGAAAAUUGCCUACUUCCCAUCAGUCCGAUCAAUGCAUCACAGUCGGUGUUUGACAUUUUGCAUAGCCAAAUUUCUAUGUGUAAAAUCCUUUUGUUUGUAGUGCUGUGAACAGAAUUCAAGAAAAUAUCUAUAAAAGAAACUUUUAUAAUAUUUUUAGAUGGGCAGAGAAUAGUGGAGUGAAGUUAUGAAGAGCAACAAGGACAGGAGAAGUUGGAACAAGAGCUGCUUCAAGAUCCUCUCCCCGGUGUGGUUUUAACGCUACGGCACCUCAGAAAUCCCCGAAUCGGAGGUGAACACACCGGGGAGUGUGUUUUGAACCGUGUGAAUUAAAGCUGCCACCAUUCCUACACGUGUGUGUACAGUUCGUGUGUGUGUUGUGAAUGUACAGCUUGGGGUAGGCAGUGUGGAGCCAAGUGUGGAAUCUGGUGAGAACCGGUAACCGAACGCAGACGCCAAACAGUCGCCUCCAGAGGACGGGUUUCUCUUUACGUACGACGGUUUGGAUCCUUCCUAACCCUGUCAACACGCCGCAGUGUGUCUCCUGGUCUGGGCCCACGCUUUUCUGUUUUUUUAAAAGGUAUGAAUGGUUAUUUAUCAGAUCUGUGCUCUUCUAAAGACACAUGCCAGUGGAGAUGUAUCCAUAGUAACUGCGUAAAAUACUAUAAACAUAAAUGUUUGUUGUAAAUGUCAUGAGUUGUACAUUUGGAGGAUUGUAACUCAGCAGAUAAUUAAAAGAUGAUAGCUGGUGA